GUCAUAAAUUAUAAGCUUGAACUCUGAUUUAUGCACUUCAAUGGAGAACAACAGAGGCAGAGCAUAAUUUGCUUCCUGGUUUGUAGCUUGAAAGGUUUUACAAUGGGGGAGCUUGAAGUGGAGAAACAUGCUCAAUACAUUUUAUCAGUUGAGAAGAGAAAGGAUGAUUUUGAAUCUGUGGUGAUGGAACAUCUAAGGAUGAAUGGUGCAUAUUGGGGAUUGACCACUCUGGAUCUCCUGGGAAAGCUUGAAACUGUGGAUAAAGAUGAAAUUGUUUCUUGGGUCAUGAGCUGCCAACAUGAAUCUGGAGGCUUUGGUGGUAAUGUUGGGCAUGAUCCACACAUACUGUAUACCCUUAGUGCUGUGCAAGUUUUGGCUCUUCUUGACAAAUUAGAUGUUCUUGAUAUUGAUAAGUUGGCAAAUUAUAUUGCUAGUCUGCAGAAUGAAGAUGGAUCAUUUUCAGGGGACAUGUGGGGUGAAGUUGAUACAAGAUUCUCUUAUAUUGCAAUAUGUUGUCUCUCAUUAUUACAUCGUAUAGAUAAAAUCAAUGUGGAAAAAGCUGUGAAUUAUGUUGUGAGCUGCAAAAAUUUGGAUGGUGGAUUUGGAAGCAUACCCGGUGGGGAGUCUCAUGCAGGGCAAAUAUUCUGCUGUGUGGGUGCCCUUGCUAUAACAGGGUCUCUACACCAUGUUGACAAGGACCUUCUUGGGUGGUGGUUAUGUGAACGGCAAGUUAAAUCUGGAGGGCUAAACGGGCGUCCUGAGAAGCUUCCUGAUGUUUGCUACUCCUGGUGGGUUCUUUCUAGCUUGAUCAUGAUUGACAGAGUACAUUGGAUUAACAAGGAAAAGGUUGCAAGAUUUAUACUGGACUGUCAGGACAAGGAAAAUGGGGGAAUUUCAGAUCGGCCAGAUGAUGCUGUUGAUGUUUUCCAUACAUAUUUUGGAGUUGCUGUAUCUGAUAAUGACUUCAGUGACUCGUGUACUCCUCUUGAAGGGAUCCAUUGCAUGGCCAUGGUGGAUCCCAAACCUCCAGUUCUGUUUUAUAUAGUGAUGGAAUUGGACUUUCACUUCUUGAAUAUCCGGGAUUAAAAGCCAUAGAUCCAGCCUAUGCUUUGCCCGUUCAUGUUGUAAAUAGAAUUUUCUUUGGCAGAUGAAAACUUGUCCAGCGCAGCAGUCAAUUCCUCACAGCAUUUGAGUUGUCAUACAUAUCAUUUGUUCAGUUUGAACUGAGGGAAAGCCACAACUGAGCACAUUGGCUAAACAAUUUGGCAAUGGAUUCAUCGAGCUUACAUGACACUAAAAUGGCUUUAGCUCAUAUUUCCCAAGUUGAACAGGGAUAUUAGAAGUUGAGUUAAAUUAUGCUUGGGGAUGGGCCUUAAUCCCAUGUAUUUUUUGGUCCUUCAGCAGUUAUCUACUUUCUCUAGCAUUGGUUCUUGUAUUUGGCUUGUGUUACUGUUUGAUUUACCCCCUAUAAGGCAUAGGAGUUAGAUUUAAAACCACUGUAAGUUUAUGGUUAAUUAUGAUUCAUCAAAAAAGUUUAUGGUUAAUUAUGAUGGUAUAGGAUGGAUGAUUCGAAACGGUAGUCUUU